CCUGGAUUACCGUGGGAUAUGCGCACCUGUGCUUCGGUGAAUUCGGUUAGGACCAUUCAGGAGUAGCAAAGCCAAUGAGAUUUGUCCAUAUAUAUACAUAUAAAUGCAUAUCUUGUACUCCGUACUUGCCCAUGUAAAAUGCCUGCCGAUGAAGGGAUGAAAACCGGGCAUCGACCACCGGGCCCACAGUGGCAGCUAAUGCAAUCAAUUAAGGUUACUGAGAUGCAAGUUGCCGACGGCAUCACAAAAGCAUGUUUCACCCUACAAUAUAAUAUGUCUUCCCAGAUGGCAACUCUCCCAUCGUUGACAGACGAGCCAACACUCUAUCCCGGGUGUUGCUUCAGCCUAUCUCGGCCUUUACUCGCCACAAUCCGCGCUCUCCUCGAAUCCAUUCCCAUCCUCACGCCUCCUGAUGUGAAACCGAGUAACAGCAGCAGUGAGCAUGCAUCUGUCUUACUCUCCAUCGGAAGCGGCACAGGUCUUCUAGAAGAGCUUUUGCAAAGGUAUUUAGAGAGCAGCGAGGCUCGUGACUCUAGCCACCAUUCUUCAUCCUCUACUUGGCGCGUCGAAGGUGUCGAGGUGAACCCUGCCGUGAACGUCUAUCUCCCAGAAGACCGCAUCAACCACGUCGUGGGCACAUGGGCGGUCCUCGGGUCGCGAGCGCGCGAUGCGACGGCGCUCAUGUUUGUGUAUCCGCGUGACGGGUCUUUAGUCCGGCGGUAUAUCGACCGUACAUCCAUGACGAUGGGUCCGACAUCGCGUACUACCUGCGGAGGCGUCCAGGCUGUACUCUGGCUUGGUCCGAAAUGCGAUUGGGAGGAUACCGGUCUCGGCUCCUUCACUACGAGGGAUGAGUACGAGAUCUUUGAGAUGCGAAGUAGCACUGGGUUGGCUGGAUAUGAGAUGCUCGCUGUCCUUCGACGAAAGACGAUAGCUUCACUGGCCUAGUAUGGAUUCCUCCGCACCUCGUUAUUAGCAUUUGAAGUAUGACACAACCGUUAUGCACACGGAAGAAGGAUCCUUCAAAAUACGACAGAAGUGAACAGCCGACAUUCACUAUUGAGAUCAGGAUCUAACUCGGGGAUGGUACAUUCGACGAUGGGCU